AUGGAGAGCUUCCUCGGGUACUCCUCACGGCCCUUGGGAGAGGACUCCCUCCAGAUGUGGGACCUCAACAAGCGUCUGGAGGCCUACCUGGCCAGGGUGAAGUUCCUGGAAGAGGAGAACGAGCUGCUGAAAGCCGAGAUCGAAGGCCUGAAGGGGGGCUUGGUGGAGACCCCCUGGAGGGCCAAGUACGAGGCGGAGGUGGCCGCGCUCCGGGUCACCCUGGACCGUGCCUAUCAGGAGAAGUGUGUGGCGGAGCUGGCCAGGGACUCUCUCCACGAGGAGGCCCAGCGGGUGAGAAGCCACUGCCAGAGGGAGAGGGCAGCGCAGGAGGAGGCCAAGAUGCUCCUGUCCAUGGGCAAGAAGGAGAUGGAGGAGGAGAAGCGGGCCCACAUUUGGCUGAGGGAGAAGGCCACCCAGCUGGAGAAAGAGGUGGAAGACCUGGUGGAGGCCCACCAAGAGGAGCUGCUGAGGCUGGAGCAGGAGAUGACCAGCUUCUCCCAGAGCCUGGACGGCUUCCGGGCGGUGCCCGUCUGCUUCCAGCCGGUGGAAGUGGAAGACUACGCCAAAAGGCUCUCCAACAUCUGGAAAGGAGCGGUGGAGACCUACAAGACGGAGGUCUCGCAGCUGGAGGCCUCCCUCUGCGAAGCCAAGGAGAACCUCUGGAAGGCCACCGAACGCAACCGGCAGAACCAGCUGCAGCUGCAACAGCUGGAGAAGGAGCUGGCCAGCCAUAAGGCCCGGAAGGUGGCAUUGGAAGAGAGCCUCUCCCAGCAGUGGGCUCAGCAGCAGGGCGACGCGGAGAAGCUGCAGAUGGCCAUGGAGGCGCUGGAGGAGGAGAAGCAGUCGCUGCGCGGCCAGAUCGCCCAGGUGCUGGAGGACCGGCAGCAGCUCAUGCACCUGAAGAUGUCGCUCAGCCUCGAAGUGGCCACCUACAGGACCCUCUUGGAAGCCGAGAGCGCCAGGCUGCAGCUGCCAGCCACUGAUCUACAGCUGGCCAGGGGGCUCCGAGAUGCGACAAUAACCGAGUCGGCUCACGGCAGGCUGCCAGGGCCGUCGAUGGACGGGGGCCGCUCGGGGAGCUGGGAUGUCCGCCCCAGCCUUGCCGCCUUCCCAAAGCUUCGGGGGUUCCACAGCAAAGUCGAGUCGGCCCCCUGGGGGGCGAAGAGCCCGAGCUCCGCGGCCAGGGAGUUCCAAAAGGCCAACGCCUCCCUCCGGCACUCUCAGGCCAGCCGAAGCGCCGACGGGCUGCUGCUGCUGCCUCCGCCGCCGCCAAAGGAGGCCUCUGCCUUUCGGCUGGACGCCUCCCAGCACAGCCAGAGGGUGACGGUCACCCAGCUGGAGAGCCUGGCCCAGUCCAUCUUCUGCACACAGCCCCCUCUGGCUUUCCACUCCCUGGAGCUGGAAGAGGCUUCGGGAAGGUCCCCCGAGAGCCUGGAUCAAGGAGAGGAGAGCAAAAAGGGAGUGGAGAGGGAGGCCGAAGGUAGAGGAGGGGAGGAAGGAAAAGCCUUUGGAGAAAAGGGGCUGGAGGAAGAAGAAGAGGAGGAGGAGGAGGAAGAGACACGGCUCCGCCACGAGCCACCAGCCGAGAGGGAAGUCCUGAAUGGGCCUUUUCUGAGCCAGAUGGUGACCGAAGCCGUAGAAACUGCGAUCCAGGAAGUGAGCCCCAAAGAAACCCACCUUGAAUCCAGCUUGCUCAAGGCGGUCAAAAGCCAAGCAGACAUUUCUUCUGACGGCGCUUCAUCCCUGGAAGAGGAGACGAAGGACACUCUUCCCCCGAGUCCUACCGAGGAGGCCCGGGAAGAUCACACAGGGGAGAGCCAGCCCGCCGAUCCCCUGGAGGACCUCCAGGUCUGUGAAGACUUUGCAGAGGUCAACGGUGGCCAGGAAGCCUGGGCUGAGCUGCAUGGGCCGGAGGAGGCUUGGGAGGCCUUGGAGGCAGAGGCCCCCUGGGCCCUGGGAGCAGGACCGCCGAGGGUAGAGAGGGCGGAAGAAGGUGGGGCAGUUCUGGUCCUUGGAGAACAGGAGGGGGACGAAGAAAGGGGGUCUCCGGAAUGGAAGGAGGGCGAGACGGAUGAGGAGCUGCCGGCCUUCCUGGGGAUGACGCUGGGGAAUCCGUUGGGAGAAGCACCCAGGAACUCAGAGGCCCUUGCAAAGGUGAGCGGCAACCAGGAAGGCUGGGAGCUUGACAGCCCCCCCUCUGACAUCCCCGAGGGAGCCCCGGAAGUGAAGCCAGAGGAGGUCCAUGGAGGGACAGAAGAAGUGGAGAUGGUCAGCCCAGAAGACCUUCUCUUUGAGGGAAGAGAAGACCCCCAGAGUCCCCCCAGGGAAGGUGAACCGUGCGAUCUGCAGGCCGGGCUGUUUGAGAGGGAGCACCUGGAGGUGGCAGGCAGCCCAGCCGAGGAAGACCCGUCACCCGCCAUCCUUACAGCAUCGUCUGCAGGUGAACACCAAACAGCUCUCUUCCCGGUGGGGGAGCAGAAGAGCGUGGAGAGCCACAAAGAGCUUCUUCAGGAGGCCGAUUCUGCUCCGCCAGAGGAAGAGAACCAGCCGAAGGGUCUGGACUCUGAGCUCUUCUGCACCGAAGAAGACAUCAUGGAUGCCCUCGAGAUGGAAGAGGUCCGUGGGGCUGUUGUGGCAGGAACGUUGCUGCCGAAGGAGGGAAAUGCCCCCGAGGGCUCUGAAGACAGAGAAUUGGGGCUGGACCCUCCCCAGGCAGGAGAGCCACCAGCCUCCAGGGAAGAGACCACCUGUCCAGAAGAAGUCCAAGACUCCCCCCCAGAGACCGAGGCGCCUGCGGAGGACUCCGUUGCCCGGGGGGAGGGUUCAGGGUCCGAGGAGACCCCCAAACAUUUAGAAACCGUCCCAGAUUCCCAGAGGGAGAGAGGUGGGGCUGGAGAGGAGAACGCCCUGCUAGGGGAGACGUUGCCAGCCCCCCCGGCUUUGGACAAUGGGCUGACCGUGCCCGAGACUCCACCCCUUCCUUCCUUGGAGAGGGAAGAGAUGCCUCCUGUGGCCCCAGAGUCCGAGGCCCCCAUUUUAGGAGAAGACGCCGCAAGUGUCGAGGAGGACGGAGUGGAGGAAGGCGCUCCAAAGGGAGAAAGCGGACACAGUCCACAGUCUCUCUCUGAGGAAGUCGGGCCCUGCUCAGAAGAGCUGCUGGCCGCAGAGGGUCCGGCAGAAGCCGGGGUCCAAAGAUCACCGCUCACAGGAGAGGGGGAGGAUAUGGGUCCUGGGGAGUCUGGGGUCCCCAGAGAGGAUGAGCAGGAAGAACUGGAAGGGGCCCCAGGCCGAGCGCCCGAGGAAGACCCUUGGCAGGAGAGCGAGGUGGCCAGAGGGCCAGGGGUCCCCAAGGAAGAGGUGGGGCCAGGAGAUCCCGGUGGGUUCCCAACAGAUGGGUUGGACGCCCGCUAUAGCCAGCACGAGGAGGAGGAGGAGGAGGAGGAGGAGGAGGAAGAUCAGGGGCCCUUGGAAUUUAGCGACCCAGAGGCUACAGUUGUGGCCCCUGCCAAGGUUUCGCCCCUGACCAGCGUGGCUCAUUUGGGAGAAAUAGUGCUGGAAGGUGAGAGCAUUUUGCCUGGCCCAAGGCGGGCUGUGGAGUCUGACCUGCUGGAAUCCGGUGAGGACGAAGGCUCCCCCGUCUUGGACCCAGAAGAUCUGAUCCAGCAGAAAACGGUGACCGUGGAAGAUCCCCCAGGAAGCAGCUUCCCUGAGACAUUCCCAGAAGACGUGGUGGGCCUUUCUCUAGACAGCCAGGGAGACCCCAAUAUUCUGGAAAUUGUGGAACAAGCUCUGGAGUUUAACCAGGAGUUGAUGAAGGCAGCGGAGGAGGAGCUGGGAGGCCUGGGGUCCCCAGAAGAGAGGUCCCCCUAUGCCCCCCCUGCAGGUCAGGACCGGGGACCGCCCCGGCUUUCCCCAGAGGCUCCGGAAGGGUCAUCUCCCGUCCCGAGGGAAGCCCACCCGUUGCUGGAGAGCCAGGCUAACGGGCUCCAGGAGGAAGCAAGCCUGGAAGACCUGCCAAGCGAACUUCUCAACGGCCUCAACGGGCAGGAGGAGACAGACCCUCCUGGAGAUGAUGGCUUCAUCAAGAGGGUGACUAUCACCCCACAGUUCUGCACGGAGGGCCCCUUCCCCAUGGCAGAGACCCUAAGCCACAGUCCCCCCCCAAUCCCAGGCGGUGAAGAAGGGCUUAGAAGCGGAGGCAUCAGCCCUGAAGGUCUCGGAAAGGUCUCCCUGCAUCUGGAAGGCCAGGAGGCCCUAGAGGAGAACCUCCUGGAGGACCCACGGCAGAAGAGCCAUGGGAAAGGAGGCAAAGAAACCAAGCUGGAGCCCCGGCCCUUUCUAUUCGGGGACGAGAUUCGGCACCAACCCUUGGAAUUCCGGCCGGAAGGGGACCUGGACCUCCAGCCCUCAGAAGACCACUGA